AUCCCACGAUUAUGUCAUUUUGGUGGGGAUUAAAUUUGUUUUGGUGGCAGCACUGGUUGCAUAACUUCACUUGUUAAUUUUGUGACAUAUGUUUAUGUUUUGAGAGAUUGAGGGUAUAAAAAACCCUUGAAUGUUUAUAAUAAAAGCAUGUGACAAUAAUUUUUUGUUUAAAACAAAUAUGACUUUAAGUUAGAUAAUUUCAAGUUGGUGUUAAUUACUCAUUAUGUCAAAUUUAGCUGCAAAAACAAGCAAUAAUGAGGACAAAAUUGAAGAAUACAUUUGGGAAAACUUCGAAAACUGGAUUCAGUGUAUUUGCAUUGUUAAUUUUGAUUUAGAAUUGGGACAAGCCUUAGAGGGAAUUUAUCCGCGACAUGUCACUCUAACCAAGCAGGAAAUUUCAAAUAUCUGCUACUUGGCGUUUCCAGACUCCAAUUCUGGAUGUAUGGGGGAUACCACGUUCAUUAUCAGACUUCCAAACAGUCCUGGAAAAAACACGCGCCGGGAAGAACACUUGCAAUACAACAAAAAAUGUGCCCCCAAUUUACAAAUACACUCAUCUUAUUACUGGGGCUAUGUUUAUUUUAGACAAGUUAAGGAUGUUUCGUUACCUAGAGGCUACUUCCAAAAGAGCGUUGUUAUAUUAACCCGACUACCUUUCAACAACUUAUUCAUGAAAAUUUGUGAUUUAUUAGCACCUGAAUAUUUUGAACACGGUGAACUUAGUUUGGAAGCUGCUUGUUGUAAUAUAGAGCGGUGGCCUCCUCCAUCUCCCGGGGUAAUGCUCAAUCUUCCAUUGUUAGGUUUAGUUUUUCAAGUCUAUAUUCCUCAGUCCAACAGCAAUUCCCCUAACUGGCAACUGGCCGCGUUAACAGAACCGACUGAAAAUCAGAUUCAGACUUCUGUUGAAGAUUUAAACUAUUUUGAGAUUUUGCAGCCAGUCUUGUCACAUAUCCACCUAUUGUGGGAAUUGAUCCUCACGUCAGAGCCUCUGGUGAUAAUGGCGACGUCUCCCACUCAUUGUUCUUCGAUGGUGUUAGCUUUAACAAGAAUAAUUUCUCCACUGAAAUUCUGUGGUGACUACCGGCCCUAUUUUACAAUUCACGAUAGCGAAUUCAAGCAAAUUACGAGUAAAGUACAAGGACCCCCGCCUGUAAUUUUAGGGGUAACGAACCCGUUUUUCGGUAAAAUUCUCCAUCACUGGCCUCAUACGAUACGAUUAGGGAAUGAUUUAGGGCCAAGUCAAAAAUUCAAGCUUAAAAAGAACGUCAACUCAAAAAUGUUAGAUAAUAGUCCUGGGAUAUACACAGUGUACAAGCCGUUCUUGCAGAAAGAUAAAAAUAUUAUAAAAAAAUUGAUUUCGGGAGUGACUUCAAGACGGCCGUUUGAAGUUCAGUCGGCCUUAUUAAGAAGACAUCUUCUCGAGCUCACGCAAAGCUUUAUUAUACCGUUAGAAAGAUAUAUUGCUAGUUUAAUGCCACUACAAAAAAACAUAUCACCUUUUAAGGCAGCCCCAACUCCUCUGCCUUUUAAUCCCGACGAUUUUAUAGCCACUUUAGAGACAGCUGGGCCUCAACUUACAACAGGGAUUAAGGGCGAUUGGAUUGGCUUGUACCGAAAAUUUUUUAGAUCACCCAAUUUCAACGGGUGGUUUAAUAUGAGGUAUACAGAUUUGGCGUUGAAAUUGCAAGCCUUACAUCUUGAAGCGCUUUCCAAUGCUGAUUUGAAAGACUGGGUACAGGGUAAACCAGAAGUUGAAGUUGUUGACAUGAUGUUAAAAAUUAGAGACAAAAUAACAAAAUGUCGCGAAAUUAACAUACCCGUUGACGAUAAAGUAAAAGAAAAGUUAAAUCAAAGACUACAAGAUAUUAUUAGCUCUCUCCCUGAUGAUUUGAAAAAUGUUUUUCAAGUUACAUGAUGCAAAUUAUUUUUCCCAGUCGAUAAAUAUGUACAUAAUUAGUAUAUUAUUUUGUUUUAAUUAAAACAGACUUAGACUACGAUAAUUUCCAUUAUGUAACUGCUUUUGCAAUUCAAGUUACAACUAUAUAGGGAGAAUUUGUUGGUUUGUAUUAUAAGUAAUUUGUGUGGCAUUCAAAAACUGUUGGAUGUUGCAUUAUUUUUUUACUGUUUUUAUAUACAAUCCAAAUUUUAUAACUUGUUGAUCAAAAAAAGAAACAAACUAGUAAAUAUGUUCCUGCUUCAUCUUGCAUUUAACGUUUCUAGUGUGAAGAACAAAUUCAAAUUGUAACUGUUGGUGCAAAUUUGUAAAUUAAAUGGAUUCUUAUCUCAGGGUUUGCGCAACAGUUUUAAAUUUAAUUAAGAAUGUGCCAAAAUGGCCUUAACUGCCAGUCAAUUUCCAUCCGAUUAUAAAUGUGAGAUAUAUCUGAAUUAGGGUUCAAUGAAGUUUUAAAUGUAAGUCCCUUUCUGUCAAUUAUGUUUAAUAGUUUAGAAAAGAAUUAUUAUAAUGUAUAGAUCACGUAGACGGUUUUGGUUAAUUACCAAAAAAUAACAGCCUUAAUUAACAGCAAUAAACAAAUUUUUCAAAAAAGUUUAUUUACUUCCAGUUUUUAAACGUAAUCAUGAGGCCAAGAUGUGAAACUGUUAUUUUUCGCCGUAGACGCAUUUUGCACGCUGCAGUAAAGUAGUACUAACGUAAUUUAUAAUGUAGUUGAAUUUUAGAGGUACUGGACAUUUGAUUUAUUCGCUCAUUUUUAAAUGUCCAUUCAUUAAGUUGUGAAUAUUGGUGGUAACAUACAUAUAGUUUUGAUAUUUUUAUAAAUGGUUCAUUUUUUAUUAUUGUAUAUAACAUUUUAGUUCAGCAACCAACCAACAAAAAAUAGCCACUAGUAUUUAUUUAUGUUACAGAAUACAAUGAUACAUGUUUUGAUGUAAACAAUAUUGCUAUUGUAAUUAUUUGUAAUAUUAUUUGAUCAGUAAAAACUAUAAAAAGGUU